AUGGAUUCAGCAACUUUACAUUUAGAUAUUGACUAUGUUGGAUCGAGUGGGAUUCUAUUAAGCACCGAGCAAAAGACAGCUUUGCAAAACUCACUCUUAAUCCUCAAGCAUCAAAAUAAGUUUAAGAAAGUUGUCUUUUGGGGUAAGAUAACUGGUUGCAGUAAAGAUUAUUUUGUUGCACAAGGAGUUGGCAAUGAUGAAAUGAAAGAAAAAAAGACGUUUUAUAGUUUGGACUGCUCUAAGUGGGCUCUAUUACCGAUUGCAACCGAUGAAUUGAAGAUACUAUGCUCCAGAAUCAAAGGUCGAUUUGCUGGAGAUCCAUCCUAUGAAUAUGAACACGUCGAAAUAAGGAAAGUUCCUGGCGAGAAUGGUGAAGAAAAUGAAGAAGAAACAACAAUCGCUAUUAGAGAAGAAGAAAGACUGGCAGUAACGAUCGAUGCAAUCGAUCGUGAUGUUAAAAUAGUUCCAAGGGGGGCUUAUGUUAAGCUUCCGACUGGUGAAAUUCAGUCGAAUCCUAGUUUUGAAGGUCUUUCAACUUCAAAUGCGGCUAAGUUGACAUCAUAUUUUCAUUUCGAUAAAUCUGCCAGCUUAAACAAGAGAAACUUAAUGCAAAAGGCUUCUUUCGAUAAAUCAUUGGACUUUCUUGGCGAUAUAUCAGAAGAUGUUCCCAAAGGUUCAUGGAGUGUUCAGUUUGAACGUGGAGAUGCUGUAGUAACAAUUCGAAGUUUAUUAUGGAUUGGUUAUGUAUUCUAUCACAUACCUGAUACUCGCUCAUAUGGACAUGUUUAUGUCGGAAAUGGAGAGAUAAACUUGGAUCUUUCAUUUAUGCUUUAA